AUGUCAUUCCGAAGCAUAGCUCGUGAUAUAAGGGAUAGUAUUGGAAGCUUGUCGAGGCGUUUCCACCAAGGGAAGUCACGUGGUGCUGUUCACGAGUUGCACAACCAGCCUUCAGUUAUGCAGAGCAGUUGUUGGGCUAGUCUUCCUCCAGAGUUACUUCGCGAAGUCAUUAAGAGGUUGGAGGAGAGUGGGAGUACAUGGCCCUCUCGCAAGGAUGUUGUUGUGUGUGCAGCUGUUUGCAGGUCAUGGAGGGAGAUGUGCAAGGAAAUUGUUCAGAGUCCUGAAUUCUGUGGAAAGUUGACCUUCCCGGUCUCUCUCAAGCAGCCAGGUCCGAGGGAUGGAACCAUUAAAUGCUUCAUUAGGAGAAACAAAUCUAACUCAACCUACCAUCUUUUCCUUUGUCUAAGCCAAGCGUUGUUUUCCGAGAAUGGUAAAUUUCUUCUUUCUGCGAAAAGGAUUCGGAGAACCACUUGUACGGAGUAUGUGAUAUCAAUGAAUGCUGAUAAUAUAUCGAGGUCACGAAGCAGUUAUGUUGGAAAGUUGAGGUCCAAUUUCCUUGGAACAAAGUUCAUUAUUUAUGACAUACGGCCACCAUACAACUACUCUAACAAUUCCCCACCCCAGAGAACUAGCCGUCGGUACUACUCAAAAAAAGUUUCUCCGAAAGUCCCUACUGGAAGCUACAACAUUGCUCAGGUCACAUAUAAGCUCAAUGUGCUGGGAACUAGGGGCCCACGUAGGAUGCAUUGCCUCAUGCAUUCUAUUCCUGCAUCUUCCCUUGAGCCCGGUUGUACUGUCCCUGGGCAACCCGAGCUUCCUUCCUGCUUUGAAGAUUCGUUCAGGAGUAUUUCCUUCUCUAAAACAAUUGACAACUCAACGGAGUUCGACAGUGCCCGAUUUGCGGAGAUCAAAAAUUUACGGGAUCAUGAGGAGGAAGGAAAGGAUAGACCUUUAAUUCUUAAAAACAAGUCCCCGAGGUGGCAUGAACAGUUGCAAUGUUGGUGUCUUAAUUUCCGGGGGAGGGUAACCAUAGCCUCUGUCAAGAACUUCCAACUUGUUGCCGAUGCACAGCCAACUGCUGGUGCACCUAUACCAUCCCAAGCUUCCCCAACUGAUCACGAUGAGAUUAUCUUGCAGUUUGGUAAGAUUGGCAAGGAUAUGUUCACAAUGGAUUAUCAAUACCCUUUAUCUGCGUUUCAGGCUUUUGCCAUGUGUUUAAGCAGCUUCGACUCAAAAUUGGCUUGCGAAUAG